AUGCCGCCCACGCGAACACCAAAACACCCACCCCUCCAAAACCCCCCAACUAACCUCUCCGCUCCGAAACCCAGCCUCCACGGCUCCCCCAAACAAAAGCUCAAAUCCUCCAUCCAGCGCUCCAUCCGCCAGUCGAUCCUGACCACAUACCCCCUCCUGACGCCGCACAUCGACGAGGUGCUGCCCAAGAAGCACUCGCUGGAGCAGAUCAAGCUGCCGGACCGCGUGGCGCUCUUCGUCAUCGACGGCCACCCGCUCGUCUACCAGCAGGACAACAACCGCGUGCUGCUGCCCCACCUGCGCCUCGUCCACCGCUUCCCCCACUGCUUCCCCACUGUGCGCAUCGACCGCGGCGCCAUCCGCUUCGUGCUCUCCGGCGCGACCCUCAUGGCGCCGGGGUUGACCAGCCCCGGAGGUAGGCUGCCCAUUCCGGUGGAUCGGGAUGCGCUUGCUGCGGCGGCGGCGGCGGGUGGGGAGGGGAAGGGGGAGGAGAAGGCUGUGAAGGAGGGGGAGGAUGGAGAGGAGGGUGAUGAUGAGGAGGGGGAGGAGGCUGUGAAGGUGCCGAAUGAGGGGCCUGAUGAGGACGGGCAUUGGAGUAGAGAGCUGGAGAAGGGGGAGCCGGUUGUGAUCAUGGCUGAGGGCAAGGAAGAGGCUGCUGCGGUGGGGAUCUUGGUGAUGGGGACUAAGGAUAUCAAGGAGAAGGGGAAGGGGCCGGUCAUGGAGGAGGCGCAUUUCCUAGGGGAUGGGCUUUGGGGGUUGAGCGUGGAAUAG